AUGUUUGACACGGACCCGGCCUGCGUGGUGGCCGACGCGUGCGCAGCACACCGCCCCUGUCGCAACGGCGCCACCUGCCGGCGCGGCCCGGCUCGCUUCAGCUGCCUGUGUGAGCCGCGGGACCCGUGCCCCCUGCAGCGGGACGUGUGCGGCGUCGGCUUCAACUGCACGCGCAGCGAGCCGACCAUCACACCCCGGUGCCACAUCGAUAACAUCUGCCUGGCGAGCGACCCGUGCCGGAACGGCGGCACGUGCGUGUCGCGCGGCGGCACCACGUUCGAGUGUGCGUGCGCACCGGCGUGGCAGGGCGCUGUGUGCGCCGACGAGCGGGACCCGUGCUCGGCCGGCACCACACUCUGCCAGCGCGGCUUCCCCUGCGCCCGUGCUCCACUGAAGACUCUCGGCUACGCGUGCGACUGCAGCAGGCCCGGCUGGCGGCCACUGUCCGACAGCAACCCGCGCUGCGUGGUGUCGGACGUGUGCCUGGCGCGCCGGCCGUGCCUCAACGGCGAGGACGAGCCCGGCUGCGUCAUCGCCGACCACUGCAUGGCCUCCACGCCGUGCCGGAACGGCGGCACGUGCCUGCCGGAGCCGGGCGGCUUCAACUGCUCGUGUGCGCCGGCCUGGUCCGGUGCCGACUGCGCGGCCGUCGCCGACCCGUACGCAGAGCCGCGCUGCCACGUGGUGGACCCGUGCGUGGCACGGCGACCCUGCAAGAACAACGAGGAGAAGCCGGCCUGCGUCAUCACGGACGGCGAGAAGUGCCGUGAGCCCCGCGACCCGUGCCUGCAGAAGCCGUCGCCCUGCGGCGACGCCCGCUGGGGCUGUAAACGCGACGCGGACUCAGGCGCUGGCUACUCCUGCGACUGCAACCUGAAGGGCUGGGGCUCCAAGGGAGUCUCGCAGCCGCGGUGUGUGGUGGUGGACGAGUGCUUGGCGCGGAACCCGUGCCGCAACGGAGGCACGUGCACGGGCGGCGCUGGCGGGCUGCCGGCGCGCUGCCAGUGCACGCUGGCCUGGACGGGCAGCACGUGUCGGCGGCCGCGCGACCCCUGCCGCCAGUCGUUCUGCGGCCAGCCGUGGCAGUGCGCCCGCGACCCGCUCUCGCCGGCUGGCUACAGCUGCGGCUGCGACUCCAGACCCGGCUACAAGGUCGUGUCAGGUCAGGCGCCGCGCGACCCGUGCCAGGGCGCACAGCCGUGCGGCCCCGGCUGGCCGUGCUCCCGCGACCCGACCACGCGCGCCGGCUACAGCUGCGGCUGUGAGGCACGGCCCGGUUACCACCCCACCUCAGAGGAGAACCCCAGCUGCCGCAUAUCGGACGUGUGUCUGGCCAAGAAGCCGUGUCAGAACGGCGCCACCUGCCAGCCGGGCGAGGGCGCGCAGUUCACGUGCGCGUGCCGGCCUGCCUGGAGCGGCACGCUGUGCGCCACGGAGCGCGACCCGUGCGCGCAGGGCAGCCCUUGCGGCAGGUUCAGCUGCCAGCGAGACGCCAACAGCACUGGGCCGGGCUACCGGUGCAGCUGCGAGGAGAGGCCCGGCUACCGGCCGGCCUCGCCCACCAACCGGACGUGCGUGCUGUGGAACGUCUGCGCCAUCCGCAACCACUGCCACAACGGCGGCGUGUGCUCGCCGGCGGCCGCUGACAUGCCCAAGUGCGCCGUGUCCAACAUCUGCCUGGCUGCGCGCGACGUGUGCCACCACGGCGGCACGUGCAGCAGCCUGGGGGGCCGCCACUACCGCUGCGACUGCGCGCCGGCCUGGCGGGGGCGGCGCUGCUCGUCGCCGACCGACCCGUGCGCCGAGGACGGAAUGGCGCGGCCGUGCGGCCCCGGCUGGCGCUGCCAGCGCGCGCCCCACCGCCAGCUCGGCUACAACUGCAGCUGCGACACCAAGCCCGGCUGGCGCGCCAAGUCCAAGAGCGACCCGCGCUGCGUGGUGUACGACCGCUGCCUGGCCGACCGGCCGUGCCUGAACGGCGGCUCCUGCUCGCCGCGCCGCUCCGGCUUCGCGUGCGCCUGCCGGCCGGCCUGGUCG